CCGGCGAGGUCAGUGCGGGCGCCGCCGACCAGCGAGAAUCAUGUGCGGCGCGCGAUGCGUGGCGGUCGCCGCCGUCCUGAUCGUGUGCUGGUGCAACGUCGUCUCUGCUCACGGGAACAAAUCCCCGGUCACCAUCAUCGUGCAAGCCUUGAAUCCCUCAGGCCUACGCAUCGCUGUGACAGAUACACCAGGAAUUGAUGUCGUCGUCAUCAACGCCAAUAUUAAUGCUCCCAUUGUUGAAAGUGAUUCAGGGAAGAUAACGGGGAGUGUUGUAGAAUCUCAAAAUGGUUUAUGGAUGUUGGAAGCAAAGGAUGUGGCCUUGAAAGAAGGUGAUGUUGUGUUCUACUCAGUGUACGUGGCUUGUGGACAGCAAGGCGACCGGAUGAAAGGGCAGCAACCAAUACUAAAUCUGGUGGAGCCAAGCUGCCGACCCUCACCAACAACUGUCAAUGGUCGAACAGUGUGUGGAGGAGAACUUGUACUGGAAGAAAAUUUCGAUACUCUGAAUAAAUCCCUGUGGAAACACACCAUACAGUUUUCGGAUGAACCGGCAAGUACAUCUAUUUAA